AUGAGUAUUGUUCUAGAAAAAAGAAGAAAUAAUUGUGCUAACACUGAAUUUUCUAACAGUGAACCACUAAAGAUUACAAAACCAGGUGCCUGUAAGCACACACCACCAACGGGAGCUAUUGGCACAGCCUGGUUUUCAGUGGUCAUGGAAGCACAAGAAAAAUCAACUGAUUUGAUGAUAGAGAAAUAUCAUAUCGAUGAAUCUGAACAUGAGUGUCUGCUGAAAAAGCCGCAGGCCUCCAGUUCAGCCAGCACAGGUACGGUAACCUUUGUGGAGGGAACUGGGAUCCCCAAGUCAAAUUCCCUGAAAGGGAGUUUAAUUAGAAAAUGCAGCAUGAAAUUGAUGUCUUCAAGUUCUGUAAGGCCAAUGCUCCUGCUUCUUGUCACUGAACAGAAUCAUACUAGAUCGUCUUCUUGAUCACUAAUAGUACCCGAUUAAAAUUUUGCAGGAUGUAUGGUUGGGAACUCAGUUACUAUUCAUUGACAUCACGGUUUCCGUGGAGCUACUCUUAAAGCAAUUGAGUAGUCAGAAGGUCACAGCAAGAGAAAAAAGGAAGUUAAAAAGAACAUUGAAUGACAUUGCUAAACUUAUCCCCGUUACAAUUCUAAUGCUCCUUCCUGUAUCUGCAGUAGGCCAUGAGGCAAUGUUAGC